AUGGCCCAGGUCACCCUCUUCCCCGGCGUUGCUGUCAUCACGGGGGCUGGCGGGACAGGCAUCGGAAACGCAGCUGCCCUCGCCUUCGUCGAGGCCGGUUGCACCAAGCUCGCCGUCACAGACCUGGACGUCGACACGCUCAACGCCACGGUCAAGCAGAUUCAGUGGGAGAACCCGCUGGCCGACGUGUACGCAGAAGCCGGCGACAUCUCCGACGAGAAGUUCGUCGACCGCUUCAUCAGCAAGGCCGCCGGCCAGUACGGCCGCAUCGACUACUGCGUCAACUCGGCCGGCAUCCUGAGCCGCAACGAAAGCUCGACCGAAAUGUCCGCCCAGGACUUCGACGCCGUCAACAACGUCAACUACCGCGGCUGCUGGCUGACGUCCCGCGCCCAGCUGAAGGUCAUGCUGAAGCAAGAGCCGCUGCCCAGCCACGACCACGACCGCGCCCCGCAGCGCGGCAGCAUCGUCAACAUCGCCAGCCAGCUCGGCCUCGUCGCCCGCCCCAAAGCGCCCGCCUAUUGCGCGUCCAAGGCCGCCGUCAUCGCCAUGACCCGCGCCGACGCCAUCGACUACUCGGAGCAUGGCAUCCGCGUGAACUGCAUCUGCCCGGGAGUCAUAGAGACGCCCAUGACCACAGGCACUCCCGAGGUCACCGAAAGGCUGAAGCCGGCCAUCGACAUCGCCCCAAUGAGGCGGAUGGGCAAGCCGUCCGAAGUCGCGGAUGCUGCUCUCUUCCUUUGCUCGACCAAGGCAAGCUUCGUUCAGGGGCACGCCAUGGUCGUUGAUGGAGGAUAUAUAAUCAACUGA